GGUUUGUCAGAUUCCUGCCUGAGGAGGGCAGAAGCCAGAGAUGAUUUAAGUCCUCAGAGUCCUCACAGGAGGCAGACAUCCAUGGUGAGCUCGGCACAGUUUUCCUGUGUGCAGGCCACGCGAGCCCGGCUGCCCUGACCAGAGGACAGGUGUGGGCAGAAGGUGUUUCCUGUGCCGGGGGCUCCACCGACCACACGUUCAGCUCUUCUAGGAGAAAAGUAGGAGCGGAACCCCCGCACCAGAAUUCUGUUUGCAACAAGGAGCUGACAACUUGAUUUGGAAACAGAAGCAUUUGGAAAAAUUUUGUUUUCGCUUGUAAACUCUGCAUGGGAUGACAAACAUGACCAAGGCCAUCUUUCCCCCAUGAACAGCAAUGCAGCCGUCUUUUCCAGAACUGUGGAAUGAAUUCAGUUCAUGAACCGAGUGCCCUCGACUGCUCACAGCCAUGGGCCAGAUCUUCUCCUCCACAUCUUCCAAUACACAGAAUGGUGAUUUAGCCUCCAGUUUUGAUGAGUAUUUCAAAAAUUUCAAGAUGGAAAGUAAAAUCCUCUCAGAGGAAAUUCACACUUUGAUUGAAUACCACCUGAGGCGGGGAGAUGUUCAGAAAGCAGUUUCUGUGAUCAGUGCUGCACUGAAAGACAUAGAGAAUGCUCCGCUGAGCAUCGCGGUGACAGGGGAGAGUGGAACAGGAAAAUCCAGUCUGAUAAAUGCCCUGCGGGGCGUGGGGCAUGAAGAAGAAGGUGCAGCUGCCACUGGGCCAACGGAGACCACCAUGGUCAGAACUGAAUACAAACACCCAGUGUUUCCCAGUGUGUCCAUAUGGGACCUGCCUGGCCUUGGGUCCACCACCUUCCCUCCCAAAACAUAUCUGGAGGAAGUAAAGUUUGCUGAGUAUGACUUUUUCCUGGUCGUUUCUGCCACACGCUUCAAAGAUAAUGAUGCAAAAUUAGCCCAAGCCAUUGCAAAAAUGAAUAAGAAAUUCUAUUUUGUUCGAACAAAAAUCGAUAAUGAAUUAAACAGUGAGCAAAGAACUAAACCUACAACCUUUAAUAAGGAAGACGUCCUGCAAAAAAUGCACAAAGACUGUCUGACACAGUUGCAGAGGGCUAAUGUGACUGCUGUUCAAGUCUUCUUAGUUUCCAGCCUUGAUAGGUCUGACUACGACUUCCCUGAGUUGGAGAAUACCCUUCUGAGGGACCUGCCAGCUCACAAGCGUCACAUCUUCAUGCUGUGCCUGCCCAGCGUUACGGAAGCUGCCAUUGAUCAGAAGCGAGAUUCCCUGAAGCAGAAGGUCUGGCUGGAGGCCCUGAAGGCUGGAGUAUGGGCAGCCAUCCCUCUCAUGGGCCUCUUCAGUGACAAUGAUAUUGGGAAGCUGCAGGAGACCUUAACCCGCUACAGGUCUUACUUUGGGCUGGAUGACGCAUCACUAGAACAGAUGGCCAGGGAGCUGCAUGUGUCUGUGGAGCACCUGAAGGCAAACCUUCAGUCUCCUCACUUGCUGUCAGCGGAGACCAAGGAAUCCUUAUGGGAAAUGUUGAAACAGUACAUUGAGAAGGUUCUUUCAGUCAUGAUAGGACCCAUCGGUCUUGGCCUUUACUUUACAAAGACCUUUUACUUGCAUUAUUAUUUCCUUGAGACUGUGGCAAGUGAUGCGAAAGCUCUCCUUAAGAAAGAAGAUCUCUUUGGUGACUCUGUGGGCUCUGAGGAGGGCUACAGCAAAUAGGGAAAGUGAGGGCCGACAAUUUUGUAACUUUGCCUUGAAAGAAGCCAGUGUCUUAGAAAUCAUAUGAGAACAGAGUGUCAUGAACUUUGUUAACAGGACACAGUUGUCAGUUUUAUCUGUACCACAACAAGGAGUUACUGCUAUGGAGGAGAGGGGGAUGUGGGUGAAACGGCCCAAGCCUGGCCCAAGGUUUGUGGUUCGAUCCCCCCGUGUGGAUGAGGCGGGGCUUUCUUUUCGGGAGGUGGCUGAACCUGGAAUGGGUGAUGCUGGGAUUCAGGAGUGUGAUUACUAAACCACUACAUGUGAGUGAUUAGUUUGGCACCACCCUAAUCCUGGGAGUCUGGAUGGGGUAAAAGAGGCAGGAAGACGCUGGUAAGAUCUCUCGUUGCUUUUCCUGUCUUCUGCCGCCAUGAGCUGUUGCCCCUCUGCCGCCCUGCUUAGAGCCAGCCGAUUAUGGACUGAAACCUCUAUGGACUGUGAGCCAA